AUCUUAAUCUUAAUUACCUCCCUUGACAAAUUCCUAUCCAAUGUAAACAAUUGUGCACUUUUAAUUUGACAACACUAAAAUGAAUGAAGAUAUAGGUUUCGAUAACGACGCAAGCAAAAGGGAUGCAAAAAAGGGUCGUCGGGCACAGCCAGCCAAGGCUCCAGCCACUCCGGAAUUUGAAUCCACAGGGAACCAGUCUCCUCAGAAUACUCAUGCAGAGGCUUCAGAUGAUGGUCCACCAAAGCCCAACAGAGUAUCAGGCUGGGGAGAGGAUGCACCCAAGCGGCCCAGACGUGCACCUGGUACAGGAAUGGAAACAUUUGAAGACGAGAUAUUUCAAGGACUUGAUAUUGAGUCAGAGAUGGCUAAGAUUGCUGACCGCUCUCGUCGUUCACGUGGUCAAAAAUCUGGAUGGCAAACAGAGGCUGAUGAAAGAUUGAGGCCCCACACUCCGGAAAGCGAAGAAUCAGACAAUGACAUUCCUGUGAUACCUGACUUGGAGGACCAACAGGAGGAAGAUAUCACACAGACCAUAGCCAGUGCUCCAAAUGUGGCAGUCAACAGGGUGGCCACGUACAAGGAGCUGGAUAAUGACCUGCUUAAGCAGGCAGCCUUUCUCACGCUGGAUGGCGAGAUAGAUCUGAAAUUACUGACCAAGUCCCUCUCCACAGAAGCAGACCUCGUCGAGGAGGACAAGCCGUGGGACUGGGACAGGUUGUUUACUGAGGUGACCUCUGAACUCCUCACUCAGUGGGAGAAAUCUGAUGGGGAGGUGGGAGAGUCAGCAGGGGAGACCAACCAGCAGCCCAUCACUGCCUAGCAGACCACACUGGAUCCUACCACAUGACUUGUUAUCAAAUACCAGGAUGAUCUAUGUUUGAUUUAGUAUGGAUUUCUAUGUUUACAAUAUUUAUACUAAGCUAUUUAUGCUUUGUGUUACUUAUUUUUAUGUCCAAUAAAAGACAUAAACAUUU